GUAUCUGCCGAAUCUCACUUUGCUGACGACCUUGGAUUGGACAGCCUGGAUACAGUCGAAGUUGUCAUGGCAAUAGAAGAAGACUUUUCAAUCGAAAUUCCCGACAAAGAUGCUGAUAAUAUUCGAUCCGUCAGAGACGCCGUGAAAUAUAUUGCUCAUCGCACUGAUGCCGUUUAA